GUUAAUUUGUCCAAAGUCACCAUCGAAAUGAAGUUGAGUUACUACACAGCCUUAUUGACACUUUUGUUAUUUGCAGAAAUGGUUAUUGGAUCAUGUGACACAAAAUUAGAGUGUUCGCUUCUUGGUGAUCUCCUAGAAAUGGCAAUGAAAAAUAAAAGUCCAGAUAAAGACUGUCAGUGUCCAAGUAGAACCAAAAUCCCAGCCUUUUCAGCAAUGCUGACCAGUUCACAAACCCCUGGAACUGGUAAAGAUAUCAAGUUUGACAAAAUUGUCACUAAUAUACUUAAUGGCUAUAAUCCAACCACUGGUAUUUUCACUGCACCUGUUGCUGGAGUUUAUCAUUUUUCUUAUACAGUCAUGACUCAGAAUGGAAAAUACCUAGUUGUCUACCUUACUCUUAAUAAUAACAAGCAACAAACUAUAUGGCUGAAAGGGUCUAGUCACGAAUCAGGAACAACCAGUAUUAUAUUAAAUCUGAAGAAAGGGGACCAAGUUGCAGUUAAGUCAGCGAAUGGUGCUUAUACUAUUAACAGUAAUGGUAACAUGUAUUGCUCAUUUUCUGGCUAUCUCAUAGCAUAAUAAAAGAAAUUAUUCUGUUA